AUGGUGCCCCCGGUGUUCGACUCGGAGGGCGCUCGGUGCCUCGCGGUCGCCGUCCUCGCCGCCGCCUUCCUCAUCUCCUUCGCGGGCAACGGCCUCAUUGGCCUCGCGGUCGCGAGCGAGCGCCGCCUCCACCGCCCCAUGUUCAUCUUCGUGGCGGCGAUCGCCGCCUCCGACGUCGUCUCGUCGGCCGCCAGCCUGCCGCGCGUCAUCGCCAACGCGCUGGGCCUCAACCGUAUCGCGUUCGGCGAGGCGAUGUCGCAGAUGUUCUUCGUCCACUUCGCCACGCGCGUCCAGAGCUUCGUGCUCAGCGCCAUGUCCCUGGACCGCUGCCUGGCCGUCGUGCGCCCGCUCAGGUACCGCGCCAUCGCGUCCAACGCUCGCGCCCUCGCCGCCGUCGCCGCCGCGACGCUCCUGGCCCUCGCCUUCGGCUGCUCGCGGGUCGCCGUCGUGCUGCCCGCCGGCUUCAUCUGCCUCAUGUACGCGCUCAUCCUCAACGAGUGCUGCAAGCGAGACGGCUACCGGAAGGCACUGCGAACGUGCGGCAGCCACCUGCUGGUGGUCUCGGUCUACUACACAUCGAUCCUCUUCUCGUUCGUCAAGGGAUUCAUCGGCGUCGAGUCGCUGCCCGUCGGCAUCAAGAUGUUCUUCCAGUUGGCGCAUUUCAUCCUACCGCCGGCGCUCAACCCGAUCAUCUACGGCCUCUGCACGGCCAAGAUCCGUCGGGCGAUCGCCGGGAUGUUCCGCAGCAAGGUGCAUCCUGGGAAUGGCGUCGUAGGACGGCGGGACAGUUGA